AAUAGUUAAGGAUGCAUUUGAUCGAUUAUAGAAUGCAAACGCCUUUUAACAGAAUUGCCAUUUUAAUUAGACUGGAGUGAUAUUGAUGAAGGCGAGAGUUAAUUGAAGAGAGAAUUGGAAAUCAAGGCCAAUAUAGCUAGGGUUAAUGUGUUUUCAUCCUUAUUCUUCCUCCCUGUGCUCAUCUGGAUUCUAAUUCCGUCAAAUUCUUGUCCCGUUCAAUAUUUUUAUGUAUAUUUUAAGUAGCAAAUCAAAUAGAUAUUUGUUAGAUUCUCGGUUGAUUUAGGGUUUAUGCGUUCCUAUUUCUCAAGUUUGUGCAAUAUGGCUUGAGAGCUCGCAGAAGAAAGUGCAUUUGGGGAUUUCGAUAGCCGUCCUUUUCCGGCCUUGCUUUCUUCCUCUUCGUUAGAGUUUUUCUUCUCUAUUCAGAAGAUAGUGAGUUCAGUGUGGAAUCAAGCGAAAGGCGAAGUUAUCAGAUGAGCUUCUAUGGAAGCAGGGCUAUUGGGUUUUCAACCGUUUGCUUAUAGUCUUAUUCUAAAGACUGUGUAAGUCUGUGUUGUUAUUAGUAAUCUUUUGGUUAACAAGCUUUGAUUUCUAAAGCAGUUCGAAGAGAUUAUCCUUGGGCUAUAGGUGAUACUUUCGGAACAAAUACAAAGUAUUGGAUUGAUUGAAAUUUUCGCAUCCGACUUAGACUCAAUUAGAGGUACUAAACCUAAGAAGUAACCACUCGAUUUCUCGCAUUAAGACAUUGUUGUCUUAAGAUUUCACCGGCAAAAUGAGGAUCAUGAUAAAGGGAGGCGUGUGGAAGAACACGGAAGAUGAAAUCCUUAAGGCUGCGGUUAUGAAAUAUGGAAAGAAUCAAUGGGCGAGGAUUUCUUCUCUGUUGGUCCGGAAAUCUGCCAAACAAUGCAAGGCCCGCUGGUACGAGUGGCUGGAUCCCUCAAUCAAAAAGACUGAGUGGACCCGGGAAGAAGAUGAAAAGUUAUUACAUUUGGCAAAACUCAUGCCCACCCAGUGGAGGACAAUUGCCCCUAUUGUCGGGCGUACUCCAUCACAGUGCCUGGAGAGAUAUGAGAAGCUGUUGGAUGCGGCCUGUGCCAAGGAUGAGAAUUAUGAACCUGGUGAUGACCCAAGAAAAUUGCGCCCUGGAGAGAUUGACCCCAAUCCUGAGUCGAAGCCUGCUCGUCCUGAUCCCGUAGAUAUGGAUGAAGAUGAAAAGGAGAUGCUUUCUGAAGCUCGGGCACGGUUAGCCAACACUAGGGGUAAGAAGGCAAAAAGGAAAGCGCGAGAGAAACAGCUUGAAGAGGCACGAAGGCUUGCUUCAUUGCAGAAAAGAAGAGAGCUUAAAGCUGCUGGAAUUAACCUUCGUCAUAAGAAGAGAAAGAGAAGAGGAAUUGAUUACAAUGCUGAAAUUCCUUUUGAAAAGAGACCUCCACCUGGAUUUUAUGACGCUGCUGAUGAAGAUCGGCCAGCUGAACUAGUCAAGUUUCCAACAACAAUCGAGGAGUUAGAAGGUGAAAGAAGAGUCGACAAAGAAGCUCGAUUGAGAAAGCAGGACAUCGCAAGAAAUAAAAUAGCAGAAAGGCAGGAUGCUCCAUCUGCAAUCUUGCAAGCAAAUAAACUUAAUGAUCCUGAAACAGUUCGAAAAAGGGCCAGGUUAAAUCUCCCAGCCCCACAAAUUCCUGACCAUGAGUUAGAGGCAAUUGCCAAGAUGGGAAUUGCUAGUGAUCUUCUUGGAAAUGAAGAACUUACCGAAGGAAAUGCUGCAACACGUGCUCUUCUUGCAAGUUAUGCCCAGACUCCAAGACAUGGCAUGACUCCAGCAAGAACUCCUCAAAGGACUCCUGCAGGCAAGCAGGAUGCUAUUAUGAUGGAAGCAGAGAACCAGCGGAGGUUGACUUUGUCUCAGACUCCGUUGCUCGGUGGGGAUAACCCAAUGUUGCAUCCUUCAGACUUUUCUGGGGUGACUCCAAAGAAAAAGGAUAUUGCAACACCAAAUCCUCUCUUGACUCCAUCGGCAACUCCUGGAGGCACUGGUCUCACUCCCAGAAUUGGGAUGACGCCUACACGUGAUGUAUAUGCUGUUGGUAUGACUCCAAAAGGAACUUCAAUGAGGGAUGAGCUGCACAUAAAUGAAGAUAUAGAUUUGCAUGACAGUGGCAAACUAAGGCAGUCUGAUUCAAAAAAGGAACUCAUUUUUGGACUGAAAAAUCUCCCACAACCCAAGAAUGAUUACCAAAUAGUUAUUCAACCAUUGGCUGAAGAAGACGAAGAACCUGAUGUAAAGAUUGAGGAAGACAUGUCGGAUAGAAUUGCUAGAGAGAAGGCUGAGGAAGAAGCAAGGCAACAAGCAUUACUCAAGAAAAGGUCGAAAGUACUGCAGAGGGAGCUGCCAAGACCUCCUGUGGCUUCGUUGGACCUCAUUAGAUCUUUGAUUAGAGCUGAUGAAGGCAAGAGUACCGUUGUUCCAUCAACCUUAGUUGAGCAGGCUGAUGAAUUAGUAAGAAAGGAGCUUUUAUCUUUGCUAGAGCAUGAUAAUGUAAAAUAUCCUUUGGAUGAGAAAGCAACCAAGGAUAAGAAGAAAGGUGGAAAACGUACUGCAAAUGAGAAUUCUGUAUCUGUGCCAAUAAUUGAGGAAUUUGAAGAGGAUGAGCUGAAAGAGGCAGAUAAAUUUAUUGAAGACGAAGUCCAAUAUCUUCGUGCUGCUAUGGGCCAUGAGAAUGAAUCUAUUGAUGGUUAUGUGGAAGCGCAUAAAACAUGCUUAAAUGAUAUUAUGUACUUCCCUACUCGUCAUGAUGGCUAUGGUCUAGCAAGUGUUGCCAACCAUGAAGAGAAACUUGCGUCCCUGCAGAAUGACUUUGAAAAUGUGAAGAAGAAGAUGGAUGAUGAGACUAAAAAAGCACAAAGGCACGAGCAGAAGAUUAAAGUUCUUACUAAUGGUUACCAGAUGCGAGCUAAUAAACUUUGGGCACAAGUUGAGGCAACCUUCAAGCAGAUGGACACCGCUGGAACAGAACUCGAAUGCUUCCAAGCUUUGAAGAAGCAAGAAACGCUUUCGGCAACAUACAGGAUCAGCAACCUCUGGGAAGAGGUUCAGAAACAGAAGGACCUCGAGCGCACUUUACAGAAACGAUACGGUGAUCUAAGGACUGAACUAGAAAGGGUUCAGCAUAUGAUAAAUGCAUAUAGACUGCACGCACAAAAAGAGCAUGAAAAUGCUGCAAAUGACAAUGACACUGCAAUGGUUGCCAUCGACACAGCUCAAGAUCAAUCUGUUGAACCCGAGCUUCAAGCUCCCAAUGACGAAGUUGCUGCAAAUAACAAUGACACAUCAAUGGAAGAGGUCACUGCUGCUGAAGACCAACCAGUUGCCUCGGAGGAUGUUGGAACGUCUGAACAGGAUUUUGUCACCAGAGACACGGUCGAAGUUGAGGUGGUUGCUCCUACAGCUGAACCUCAAGGCAUUGAAACCAAGGAAAAUUCUAAUGAAACACAAAAUACUGAUGAGACGAGAGGCCCAGAGGUGGACGUGGCUGAACUGAGAUCUGAGGAUGGAAAUGAUGCUGCAGAAGAGAAUGCAACAGCAACCACCGGUGACUUGCAAAUAGCAGAGGAGACUGCGGGUGAAGCAUAAAUCAUUUGCUUAAAAUUGGAGAAUAUUUGUUCUAUUUCAUUUUGUGAGGGUGAAAGAGAACUGGUACGGUAUGUUCAUUCCAAAACGUGAUCUUCUUUAUUAUUAUUAACUUCGAUUGCUACUUCAUCAGAUAAUUCAGGAAUUGAUAUAAAGAGAGUUGGUUCCGUUUGUAGUAAAGUUGCAUAGCUAAUUGAUUUUCAGAUGAAUUACUAAUUAUUACAGUAUAAUAAUUUUUUUGAUUGCCGAAUAAAUAUAUUUUGGUAGUGCUUCUGAUA